AUGUCCGACACGUUGAGCUUGCUGGCCACCAUGCCAGAGCCAGCGCUCUUUGCCUUUCCACCAACCGGCCAUGCGGCGCCUGUGCCUCCCCCAGCCGCGCCCAACUCAAUCCUGCACCCGCUCAAUAUCCCGGACACCUGGUUCACGGCUGCGCUUGACGCCAAGGUCCCCAUCACCAUUGCAGCCACCUACGCCGUCACCGUCAAGCUCCUCAACUACUACAACAAGUCGCGUGGGAACAAGGCCUGGGCCGUCUCCAAGACCGGCGCCUUCAAGGUCCUCGUCAUCCUCCACAAUGUCUUCCUCGCCGUCUACUCGGCCUGGACCUUUGUCGGCAUGCUAGGCGGCAUGCGCCGCAGCAUCGUCAGCCCCAUGGCCUCUACUGGCCUCGCUGGCACCGCCGACUCCUUCUGCCGCGUCUUCGGCGCCCCGGGGCUCGGCAACUCCAUCUACCACGACGACACCACCGGCGCCUGGGCUACCCUGGCCGCCGACGGCGGCGCGUUCGACAACGGCAUGCCCUCGCGCGCCCAGGGCGGCCGUCUCUGGAACGAGGGCCUCGCCUACUACGGCUGGAUCUUCUACCUCAGCAAGUUCUACGAGGUCAUUGACACCCUUAUCAUCCUCGCCAAGGGCAAGCCCAGCUCCACGCUCCAGACGUACCACCACGCCGGUGCCAUGCUCUGCAUGUGGGCGGGCAUCCGCUUCAUGUCCUCGCCCAUCUGGGUCUUUGUCCUCGUCAACUCCUUCAUCCACUCGCUCAUGUACACCUACUACACCGUCACCGCCUUCCACAUCAAGGUCCCCGUCGCCAUCAAGCGCUCCCUCACCACCAUGCAGAUCACCCAGUUCCUCCUCGGCGGCUCCUACACCAUGCUCCACUCCUUCAUCUCCUACGUCGUCCCCAUGACCACGGUCAACGAGGUCUCCGUCCCCGUCGACGCCCCCUCCGCACCGGCCACCGACGCAGGCGCCCUCGACGCGAUCAGGAACCUCGUCUUUGGCAACGCUGCUGGCCACGUCAAGACCGUCCCCAACGGCUCCAUCGUCGAGUCGACCCUCAGCGCCCAGACCGUCCACGUCAACCAGCCCUGCAUUAUGAGCGCUGGUGAGACGUUUGCCAUCUGGCUCAACGUGCUCUACCUCGCGCCCCUCACCUACCUCUUUAUGAGCUUCUUCAUCGCCAGCUACCUCAAGCGCAGCAACGCCGCCCAGAAGACCAACAAGAUGAACGGCAAGGGCUCCAGCCUGGCCUCGCGCAGGCUCAGUAACGAGGUCACGCUCGCCGAGAAGGCCGGAUGGGACGCCGCCAAGGGUGUGCAGAAGGAGGUCUACGGCGCCAACGGGAGCGCCAUCUCCGACGACGACACUCCCAAGAAGGGCAAGGCCGGCAAGGGCUCCAAUAGGAGGGCAUAG